AUGAGCGAUCCAUGGACGCUCCAGGGCGGUUCCGGCAGCCGCUCAACUACCUCGAUCAGGGAAGAGUGGGAGGAUUGGGAAGAUGACGAAGUGUCAACACCUAUUACGACGGGUGGAGAAAGCCCCCUCUUGGACCUGGAAGCCGACGGCAACCCCCUGGAAGACGGCGAUACUGGCCCAGUCGAGCCAACGGAACAGCCAGGACAACCACAGUCGAAGCGUACUUCCACUUCCGCCGCCCGCCAGUCUUUGCAAAGGAUCAGGAGGCUAAGGUCGCGCCAUAGGCAAAAGGCCCAAAAUGCGAGAGUCGGCAUCAAGCUCGUCACCGAUAUGUCCAUUCUCCGUAAGCAGCAACAGCAGAAGCAGCAGCAGCAGCACAUCGUGCACCAGAUGAGGCCGUUAGCAGAGAACCGACACACCCGGACUGGCAAGUUUGUUGAUGCUGCGGCUCUAAAAGCACUCGAGGGCUCUCCAUCUGACGAAUCAAUCGGUACAUUUGCGUGGCUGAAGCCGAAACCGACCAAGGGCAAGCGGGUCGACAAACCGGCUGUUGAGACCUCACAACAGGACUUAUCUCCCAAUGAACGGCCCAUAGUAAUUGGGUUUGCGAUGCCCUCGGAUUCGGAUGUCGUUAUUAGCCCACAGACCGCCGUGGUUGAAACUCCCGUCGAACUCGCUCGAUACUUCGCCCCCACCAUAGCUGCCUCGCCGCAGUUGAAGUCGGCUUGGUCUCCAGACACCGAGGAUGGGAUUUCACCUCCGGGACUCAGCAGCGCUGGGAUCGCGGAACGGGCUCAGUUUCCCGAUGUCGCGUCUGUUCAGACAUCAUACACGGAUGCCGACGUUUCUCCCCUCUCGGCUGGCGAUCAUGAGCCGGGCUUUUCCUCGCUCAGAUUUAAACCCAACCGCAGAGAUACCACAACGACGUCGAUUUAUGUUAGUGAUGAUAAUGACGACAUGGAGACUCCGGUUACGCUUUUUGAAGAGGACGGCAGCCCAGCAACAACACGACGCAAGUCGUUUCAAACGGGAGGCCGGCAACGGGCGGCUACGGGCGGAAGCUCGCGAUCCCAGGGUUGGUGGGAUCAAGUCACCUCGCCAUUCGCACCAGCGACCCCGGCAACACCGCAGACACCGGCUUCCAGGAAGCCCAAGCUGAAUGACAACCAACUUAAGCUGGGCAAGGAAAUGAACAAGGCGCACUCUCCUGCGCCUCCUGCCUCCGGUGCCAGAACUGUCAAGGAUCCGAGUCCGAUGGAACAAGAAUUUGCGGCGGACCAAGCUUGGUCAGGGAGAUCGGAUAGGGAAAGGUCUUUCUCUCAUGCUGCCGCUGGGACUGAAGCCGGAUCUUCGAAUCCGUCAAGUUUCAAAGGGGUCGAAUUUGAUCAGAGUCGAAAAUGGUGGGACGAGGAUCAGGAAAAUCCUUCGUCUCCAAUCGCAUUCAAGAAUAAAGCCGACCACUCCAAUGUGUCGGGGUUUCGGGGCAGUAAGGCCGAACAGAUUCAGGAACAGUGGAAGGACGUGGUGAAGAAAGGGCGUUCCUCUCCCUUUGUCGCCGGGCCUGAACGCGAGCCUGCCAGCAGGAGGCUUGGUACGCCGGAAUCACAGCAACGACCCCCGAUUAUCGUAGUUGAGGAUCUGUCGCCCUCAACAUCCCCUGCCAGACCGUCCCCUACCCAUGAGAUCGCAAUCCGUUCGGAGAAAUCACGGUCUUUCGUUGAAGAAGAGCAGACACCAGCCGAAUUGCCGCCACCAUACUCGCCACCCAAGCAUCGUGAUGUCCGCUAUCGCGCUGUUUUCCCUCCAGGUCAUCCCCUGCGCGCUAUGUAUCCGCCAUCCCCUGGUCCGGUUUCGCCCGGGCUGUCGGAUGCCAUGACGUCUCAAGGGGGAAUCGGCCUAACAGAUGUGCCUUUGACGCCGCCGCCUCUCUCGCACCAGAUACCGCUACCUGAUCGGCCGCUGGGGUCGUUUGAGCCAGGCGACCAGUUUAGUGACGUGGUCGGACACGGUCCCAGACAGAAAGCUGAGCGGCAGCGACGGCGGCACGAGAAGGAGGAUGCCAUUGCCUGGAGAGCGGGCAGGCUAUGGAGCGGCCGUGGCUGUUUUUCUCUCCAAGGCUGCUUUGGGCGACCUGGACGUGAGGGAAGGAAGCGGAGAAGGGCAUGGUUGGGCGUCUGCGUCACCAUGGCGUUGUUGACGAUCUUGGGAGUUGUACUGGGGGUGAUUCUAUCUCGCCGGGCCGUUGUGGAAACAGCUAUGCCGUCGCAGUGGCUGAACCUGACCAACUUUCCGCCAAUACCUACCGGCAUCUCAACUGUGAUCGGGCCUGACUCCAAUGCGGUCACGGCAUGCGUUCAGCCUCCAACGCUCUGGAGCUGUGCUCUGCCCAAAGAGCAAGCCUCGUCCGUCGCGCCGUUUGACACGAGCCAGCCGAGCUUUGUCUUCCAGAUUCAAUUCGACAACAAUACCCGACAGACGUGGAACAUCACAGCUCGGGAAACUCCCCGUCCAACCUUGACUAAUUUGGGCACUGCACAGCCGGCUACAGACCUGGCUCCGCCAGCGACGAUACCGAGUGGUCGCACGCUUUCGACUGACGGCCAGCAACAGGGAUCGGGCCUGGGGGUCCCAUCAGAUCCUCCCCCGCCGAGUUUCCAGGAGAUGUUCUUUCUGGGAAACACAUCUGACGGUGUGGUAUCGGACGACAAGGCAGGGGAGCCAACUCCCUUCUACAUCAGCGUUCUACGGACUGUGAAUGACACAGUAGGUUUGAACGUGCUGUUGCGGCGGGAUGAUGGACCUGCAGGGAAUUUCAGUGUGGCAGCCGGGGAUUUCGACCCCGAAGCUGUUUUGCCACCACCGGCUUUAGAGCAGGACGGUACCAGCGCUGAUGCGGUCCCGCUUGGGUUUCCGAAGCAGCAGCCCCUACGGCUAUACGACCGCGGACUGCCGACAGAACGAUACGGCUUCUAUACGUACUACAGCAGAACACUGUAUGUCAAGUCGGUCGAGCCCUUGGAACUGGGUAACGAGACUUCUCCGGUGCCGGCGGACCUGAACGGCGGGUGCCUCAAGACGGAGGCCAAGUUCGUCAUGACGUGGACGUCGGUGCGGUACAAGGUGGAGAUCUGGACGCGGCGGUAUAACACGACUAGGCUGGUGGGCGGAUUCGGGGGCAGCGCGUCACCUAGCAACAGCACACAGCCGGGCACGAUGCCUUAUCCAAUCACGGUUACGCUUGAUACACACGGGGGCGAGUUCGGCAAGAAAUGGGCCUUCCACCGGGGCAUCGAUGACCGGCAGCGGAUCAUUGGCGGCACUGCCACCUUGGUGCUCAACAACAUGAACACCACAGGGGACUGGAUCAAUCCCGGGGGUGACUUCAACCCCAGCUUUGGUGGCAUGGACGGCGGCACAGGGGGCUGCAAAAGCAGCAGCAGCAGCCUGUUGACGCUCGCCAUCGAGACAUCAUGCGAUGACACGUGCGUCGCUAUCCUCGAAAAGGACAAAUCCGGACCCGCCGCGCGCCUGCUCUUCAACAAGAAGAUCACGGCCGACAAUCGGGCCUAUAACGGGAUACACCCGAUCGUGGCCGCCGAAGGGCACGCGAGCUCGCUGGCUGGGCUGAUCCGGGAGGCUUUGCAGUCACUACCGGAGUGUGGUGCAUCGCCCGAUGGGGGUUCUGGUGGACUGCCCAUCCGGGACGCCAAAGAGACGGGCACGACCACUGACACUACCACUACGCGCCGGGGGCGGCGGAUCCCAGAUUUCAUCAGCGUCACCCGCGGGCCGGGGAUGAAAUCGGCCUUGUCGAUCGGGCUGUGCACAGCCAAGGGGCUGGCGGUAGCGUGGCAGGUGCCGCUGCUCGCGGUGCACCACAUGCAGGCGCAUGCCCUGACGCCGCGGUUGGUGCACGCCCUCGAACAGCCGUGGCCGUCUUCACCACCAUUGACAUUCCCUGCUGCUACCGCAGGAGAAGCGACCGCGACCGUGACCCCUUCUUUCCCCUUCCUCACGCUGCUGGUCUCAGGGGGCCACACGCAGCUGCUCCUCUCGUCCUCCCUGACCGAGCAUGCCACCCUGGCCGAGGCGGACAACAUCGCGAUAGGCGACAUGCUUGACAAGUGCGCCCGCGUCAUCCUACCUGCGGAGUUCGCCGGCAACAAGGACGUCAACUACGGCGCUGCGCUCGAGCGCUUCGCCUUUACCUCUCCUGACACAGACGCAGGCGUACCCUUACCAGAACCACCAACAUAUGACGAGUACGAACCACCGGUGAAACGCGCCGACGAGGUCGCACUGUUCAUCCACAACCACCACCACCACCAGCACUCACCGAAACCACCGCCGAAUUCAGAUCCAGAUGCCGACGACGCGCAGAGCAGUAGCAGUUGGUUCCUCACGCCGCCCCUAUCCGAGUCGCGCGCGAUGCGCUUCGAUUUCGGCGGGCUCUCCGGGCAGGUGCAGAAACUAAUCACGCAGCAACGACCCGGCAUGGGGCUCGCCGAGCGGCGGGUGGUGGCGUACGCGACCAUGAAGCUGGCGUUUGAGCACCUCGCGAGCAGGGUCGUUUUUGCGCUCGACGAGCUCCGCCGCCGCCGCCGGAAUCCUCAUCAUCACCCGACAACUAAUGAGAAGGAGGAGGUGAGAACGCUGGUUGUCUCGGGCGGGGUGGCGAGCAACCAGUUCCUGCGGUGCGUGUUGCGGCGGGUGCUUGACGUACGGGGCUACGCCGGGGUGGAGAUUGUCGCGCCGCCCGUGUCCCUGUGCACCGACAACGCGGCCAUGAUCGCGUGGACGGGCAUGGAAAUGUACGAGGCCGGGUGGGAGUCCGAGAUGGAUGUGUUGCCUGUGCGGAGGUGGUCGAUGGAUUCCAGCAAAAAGGCUGCUGCUGCUGACGAGGAGGGGGAAGGUGGCAUUUUUAGCGUUGGCGGGUGGAAGAGGCGGAAAGUCCUCCGGGAGUAG